UUGCAAUUUCUCCUUCCGCUCGGAAGGAAAAAAAAAAAUUCCCCUCUUUGUCCCAAUUCCUCAGCAACCUCUAAAGCUCCCGCCGGCCGAUCCAGCGCCCACGCGCCAACCUCAGCCGUCGCCUCCGCCAGCAACCCCACGCGCACCGCUCCCACACCGCCGCCUGCCCGCGGAGAAGAGCGGCACGGCCAGCCAUCCUCCAGCAACCUCCCCAAACGUCCGGAUCGAGCAGCUGGUCCUAGCGGCGGCGGAAUUGUUCUGGACGGCGACGAAAGGCAAGCUGCAGAGGAGGGAGACGAGGAAGGGAAGAGCAGGUUUCUAGUUUUCUACAAUCAUCAGUUGUCCUACCUUUACAUGGAUUGUGCCUAACAGCAAUAAAGGGAUGAGACUGGGGAGCAUAAAUGGACUGCGGUGCAAGCAAUUUAAACUUGUGCUUCUUGCCUUUUUCAUGAUGUUUAUUCUCUGGAAAUGGGAGGAAGGAACAUACUACAAUACUCAAAAUCUCCAUCCAGAUUCAUUGGUUUUGAUUCAUCCAGCUGACUCAAGGUUUGUGGAUCAGCAUACAUCAUCAGAAGAAGACUUCCCAAGUGCAGAUUCAUUCCCGCAGUCAGUAGUUAAAAUAGAAAAGGAAGUUACUGUUGCACCACCACCACUGUCCACAAUUGUUUCUGUUGAUGUGGAAGAUGAAAAGGAAGCAUCGCCCUCUGAGAAGAAAGAAUGUAACCACAGGAAUGGAAGAUGGGUUUCUGACAAGCGCAGACCACUGUAUUCGGGCUUUGGUUGUAAACAAUGGCUUUCUGAGAGCUGGUCCUGCAGAUUAACUCAGCGCCUGGAUUUUGAUUAUGAACAAUUUAGAUGGCAACCUGAAGCUUGUGAGAUGCCAGAGUUUGAGGCCUCUCAGUUCUUAAGGAGAAUGCAGGAUAAAACCAUUGCUUAUGUCGGUGAUUCUUUAGGGAGGCAGAUGUUUCAAUCAAUGAUGUGUAUGGCUACUGCUGGACAAGAGCGGGCAGAUGUGGAAGAUGUUGGUGCAGAGUAUGGAUUUGUCUUGGCACCAGGUGCAAAAAGACCAGAUGGCUGGGCUUACCGGUUCCCGAGUACUAACACAACCAUUUUGUACCAUUGGUCAUCGACACUAUGUGAUUUGGAGCCUCUGAAUCCAUCAGAUCCAGCCACCAGUUACGCUAUGCACCUUGAUCGUCCACCUGCUUUUGUGAGGGAUAACCUACACAGGAUCCAUGUUCUGGUUCUUAACACUGGCCACCACUGGAACCGGGGGAAGCUCAGAGCUAAUAGGUGGGAGAUGUAUCUUGGUGGAGUGCCAAACAACGACAGGAACACUGCUGUCAUCUGGAAGGCCAAAAAUUUCACCAUCCACAGUGUUGUGAGGUGGUUGGAUGAUCAGCUUCCUCACCACCCCCAUCUGAAGGUGUUCUAUAGAUCAAUAUCACCUCGCCAUUUUUUCAAUGGGGAUUGGAAUACCGGGGGGCGCUGCGACAGUACAAGUCCUUUGGCAAAAGGAAGUGGCAUCUUCCAGAAUCAUUCUGACGAUGCUGAUGCAGAGGGUGCGGUGAUGGGAACAAGGGUCAAGCUAUUGGAUAUCACUGCUCUAUCGCGUCUGAGGGACGAAGGGCAUAUAUCACGGUAUAGUAUUAAGGCCACGCAAGGGAUUCAGGACUGCUUGCAUUGGUGUCUUCCUGGUGUACCGGAUACGUGGAACGAGAUCCUUGCAGCCCAGUUAUAGUCAAAGUGGAUGCGUAAAGAGCUAAUUGUCGACCAAUGUAGUCUUGCAUAUACGGUGCUCAAUUAGUAUUUACCGCAGAGCUUUUGUGGUGCUUAACCAUGCACAACAGCAAGUAGCAGCGGAUUCUUUGGGAAGCUAGCAUUCUUGUACCUAUGAGCUUCUUUUUGUAUUGUAAUUGUAACAUCUUGUAAUGUGUCUGAGCUUCAGUUCUCUGAUCUAUCGAUCUGGUUUUCAUAUUGUACUA